AUGGCAUCAACCGUUGAACUUGCAUCCUCGUUCAUUGAGGGUGCCCCGCCAGGCGAGCUCGGCGAUGUUGUAUCCGACAUCAAAACCCUUACCUCCGACGGCGAUGACCUCAUCCCCUCUCUUGCACCUGCCUUCGAGCGAUACAAUGAGACACAGCUGGCGACCGUGAAGUUGCCCGGAGCUAGUCAGGAGGUUAUUGUGAGCGAAUUCAACAAGCUGGACGGGAACCGAUACUUCGAUGUUGAAAGCCAGACGUCGUUUGAAGUGGACCAUGUUACACAAGAAGCUUCGGCGUCGCAGUCCUAUGUUUUAGACUCGCAGAAUGCUGACUUGAUUAAAUCCCUCCUCAAGGCGCUGGCGCAGCACGCCCUGGAACACUACCCAACCUCUUCCUACGGUGUAUACCCGAUUGAGAACGACUCGGCUGUUGCCAUUUUACUCGUCGCCAACCGCUACUCUCCUAACAACUUCUGGAACGGCCGGUUCCGCUCUCUCUACCAAGUUCCCGUUGGCGACUCCACAACCGUUACCGGCAAGAUUCAUGUCGACGUGCACUACUACGAAGACGGAAACGUCUCUCUCAACUCUACGAAGCCCAUCAGUGUAUCCGUACCUAACGCUACCGCCGAGACCAUCAUCUCGCGCAUUGCAGCCGCCGAGCGGAGCUACCAGGAGGAGCUGAACAAGGCCUUUGGUCAAAUGGCCGAGGGUGCCUUCAAGUCCCUGCGGAGGCAGCUCCCGAUUACGAGGCAGAAGGUUGAGUGGGAGAAGGUAGGCGGGUAUCGCCUGGGACAGGACAUCUCUGGUGGAAAGGGACGGUGA